AUGCCUGCUGGCAGCCUAAGAUCUGCGCUGGACACCAGCUUUCUAGCAGCAAGCUCUGGUGCCGAGCUGCGAUCCAAAGUUGGCAGCCCUCUUGAUGUCAGAAGCACAGAUCCUGUCGAGGACUUUGCCGCCUGGCUUUUGCGACUGGGCGGUGCGGUGAAGCAGACCAUCCUGGAUUGGACCCACUGGCCGUUGCCAAGUGGCAUCAAUCCCAGUGAGAGGAAUGAAUUCUUCGGUUGGGCUGGCCCUGAGCGUCCUCUUGGACCUCAAGAUGCCAAUGAGGCGGCAAGACUCCAUGCUGGGCUGCCCAUGACUGAGCCCCACGCUCCGGCGCCUCUGACGGGGCCCGUGAGACCUCGCCACUCGGGCAUCAACAUGUGGCACCCGACUGCAAGGAAUGCCCUCUACUACGAGAUCAACAAUCCCAACGCACCCAACCGUCCUCCGGACUGGCCCAGGGGAGUGGAUUGGCCACCCCGCGCGAUCAUCGACAAAAAUGGCAAGUGGUGGCCCCCACCAGGUUGGGCAAAUGGCGCUGGCGCUGAGAAGGGCUGCGAACUCGGUUACUGGACCUACAGCUGUGGAUGGCGGAACCGUGAAGAGGCAAAGAUGCUGCUGCCAUAUGGUGGGGCCCUAGCCACGAGCUGGCAGAAGUGGGCAACAAGCCACGCAGACUUCUUGCCAAAGAAGCGCGAGAAGAUGCGGACUUCCUGGAGCGGCUGCGUGGCUUUCAAUCGGGCCUGCAAGGCCCGCCGGAGCCUCCGAGAGCAGCGCAGGUGCUAG